AUUUGCAAGUGGUUCGCGAAAAAUACAAAUUUCCACAUUCGUCCGGAAACUUGCAAGACGUGAGGAACUGCACGUCUGCGGUGACACAGAAUGCGGAAAGCGUUAUGAACACGCCAGUGUUAAUUAUUUUGCAAUCUUCUCGCGGAGUUGCAACAUCCGCCCGCACAAUGUCAAUGGCACCGUGGCGGAGGCUUCUCGUCGGCCAGCUGGCCCGGUGGGAGUUCCAGUGGGUUGUGAUUAGUUUCUUAGUGUUGCUUAGCUUAGCAAAUCGUUCCAGUGGUUACUUUUACAGCGGUGGCGACGAGGAAUCGAAUAACGAUCGAUUCUGUUUUUGCCAGCUCCAGGGUACGAUCGAUGAUUGCAGCUGUAACGUGGAUACGGUCGAUUACUACAACAAUGUAAAGAUCUAUCCACGCUUGAAGAGCCUGCUGGUGAAGGACUUCUUUCGCUACUACAAGGUGCACCUGAAUAAAGACUGCCCGUUCUGGGUGGACGACAGUAAAUGCGCUAUGCGAUUUUGCCAUGUGGAGCACUGCGAGGAGAAAGACAUUCCGCCUGGCUUGAAGGGCGACACGGGAUCUUAUCAUAAGUACAUUAAAGAGGUUCAAACUCUGACGAACUGCAACGAAGAUCUCGACGUGGAACUAGGCUACCUCAACACAAGCAUCAGUGACAAAGCGCACAAAGAAUUUCAACGGUGGGCGGAUUAUGACGAAGCGCAAGACAAUUUCUGCAUCCUGGACGAUCACGAACCGGGCGCGGAGUAUGUAGAUCUGCUGCUGAACCCGGAACGGUACACUGGCUACCGUGGCGAGUCGGCGCGGCGUAUUUGGAGCAGUAUUUAUUUGGAGAAUUGUUUUCAAGCACAUUCGAUAAAGAAGAAAAAUGCCUUCUCGGCAAUGAUCCCCUACCAGGACAUGGCGCACAACGAGGUUUGCCUCGAACACCGCGUGUUUUACCGAAUGAUUUCCGGCCUUCACUCGAGCAUCAAUAUUCACCUGUGUGCCAACUAUCUGCUAUCGGAGAAGAGCUCGCUCGGGUUCGUUGCUCCCAGUGGCGUGUGGGGUCCGAACAUGGAAGAGUUCGAGCGCCGCUUCAGUCCCCACAUGACCGACAACGAGGGUUCGCACUGGCUGCGAAAUCUGUACUUUGCCUACCUGGUGGAGAUGCGUGCCCUGGCAAAGGCGGCGCCGUAUCUUCGAAAUGAAGAAUAUUUCACCGGCCUCGAGAAGGACGAUCGGGAGGUCAAGACGGCCGUAAAGGAUUUGCUCACCGUCAUCGAAGGAUUCCCGUCGCACUUCAACGAAACGGCCAUGUUCAGCGGAGGCACCUCGGCGAUCAAGCUGAAGCACGAGUUUCGUGAGAAGUUUAUGAAUAUCUCCAAGAUCAUGGACUGCGUGGGGUGCGACAAGUGUCGGCUCUGGGGAAAGUUGCAAGUGCAAGGGAUGGGCACGGCACUGAAAAUCUUGUUCUCCGGAAAAUUCGACGACAAAGUAGACAGUAGUGGGCUGGGGACGAAGCUUAAACCACAAUCGCCUCCGCUUCGAUUGAAGCGCGGGGAAAUAGUAGCUUUGUUCAACGCAUUUGGAAGGCUUUCGACCAGCAUCCACGAGUUGGAGGAAUUUCGACAACGGAUGCGAUGAGUAGUUGGGAAGCGAUGAAAAGACUACAAACCAAUACCGGUGCAACGACUUUGUGAUGAAACUUGACUUGUAAUCCCAAGCAAUCCCAACGCUACACAGUGAUUACCGGUGGCUCGUUUAAGAUAAGACUUUGGGAAUCGUGUUUGUUAUAGUUAGCAGAAUCUAUCGGUUGUAUGAUUUUCUUAAAUUUUUUUUUUACCAUUUGAUAUCUGUUUUGUUUUUCCUCUCGUUUCGACGUAGUCAUAGUUCAUGUAUUCGACCUGCUAGCCCGAGUACGGUAUGUGUACUGAUCUUGAAGAUCACCAUAUGUUAUUUACAAAAAAAAAACAUACGGUAUACUACCGUCAGAAGAUAACGAAAGAUACUGUACAGCUGUUCUAGGCAUAUACACGCACCGCGGGUUGGUGCCAACGCCCGGUACGGGGAGGGCCGUACUUUUCCUACUAACUUAUACCACUAGUUGAUGUUGCCCAUGUGCAUAUAUGGAUGUAAAUUAUCGAUAUACAAUCAUAUUUAUGAGUUUUGUAAAUAAAUGUAAUGGCGAGCCGUUGU